AUAGGGGUUGCCAAAGGAUAUAAAGACUGGAGACCCUCCGAUGGAUUGAAAACCUAAACAGUUACAAGAUGUUUCUGAACUUCGCAACAACUAGCUUCAUCGCGACCCUUCUUUCCUUCGCCGCCUCUGUCACGGCCCAUCCCACUGCCAAUCUCAUCCGAGAGCUAAGGGACACCCCUGGAUACAGCAAUCAGGGAUUCGCGGGUGCGUUCCCCAGUGAAAACUAUUAUACUUCUGCUACCUCGAGCUUUGUUAUUCCGGAAUUUGGCCCGACCAAUUUGACCGCGGAUAGCGUCCAGUACUUGAAUGCAGUAGUUAGCCUUCAGUGCGAUCAUGGUCGUAUCUCCGCGUUUGUCGGUUUCUCAAUUAAUUCCAAUGGGACUAAAGUCUUUGCACUGGGACCCAUUCCCCCGGCAGUAUCCUUCAUUGCCGGGGAUACGGCUAAGAUAACUGUAGAAGCGUUGGGGGCCGGAUACAACGCAACUGUUGAGAAUUUAACCUCUGGCCACGCGACGGGCGGAUACAUCCCUUCAGCUGACACUCCUCGUUGUUUCGCGCCAUCAUGGGGUAUCGAGGGACCCCGCUCUCAGUCUUUUGUGGGCAGUAUAAAUUUCUACAACACGUGGGCUGGUGACGCAUUGGGGGGGGAGAUAGGUCUGAUGGGAGCGUUCAUUCAAAACAUCGUUGCACCUGACGGGACAGCCCUGACUUCCACUAACAUCACCUCUUCCACUAACAUGACCAUCUCAUAUCUCUGAGGCUAAUUAUUCUGUUUGACUGAUGGACUCUAUUGUUGGCUUGUCUGACACUGAUGUUCCAUGAACGGAGCUUGUUAAAACUUCGUUCCCCUCAGUUCCCAUUCACGAGUCUGAGGAUUAGUAUCCUUCUUGUUUGUUAUGUUACUCGACAAGUCGUUACACUCAUCAUGUUUCCAUUCCAAAUUAAGUACGCGUCUGUACAAGUGAACGAGUUACAAUCCCAAUUUUUC